AUGUCUUCUUAAGAUGAAGAAUUAUUAGAAUUACAUUCAAGAUAUGACAAUCUACAAAAACUUAAUUAAAACAUUUUUAUUGAAAAUUAACAAUUACUAAUUGAAAUUCAAACAUUAAAGUAGGUAAUAUCAUCUAAUCUUAUUCAAGACUUUUAAUUAAUUUUAAACAGAAAAUAAUCAAUUAAAUGAUCAAAUUGAAAAUCUCAAGAAUGAUUUAAGAACUCAGUUUUCUCUUAGUUAAAGUUUAAGAUAAGAAAAUGAAUUCUUUGAAAAUUAAAUACAUUAGUACAAAAAAUAAAUCGAAUCUGAUGGUUCAUAUUAUAAUUAAAUUAUUGAACAAAAUGAUUUUCAUAUAUAGCAAAUCUAAUAUAAAAAUCAAUAAAAUGAAUAACUAAUAUAAGAGAAUCAUUUGUAUAAAGAAUAAAUACAAUCCCUACAAGAGGACAAUGAAUAACUAAACUAAGAAGUUACAAAUUUAUAAGAAUCACUCAAUAAUUAUGCUUCUUAUCAUUAAGAUCCAAAACAUCUAUAAAAUUCUGAUCAAAAUAAAUAUAUUAAAAAAUAAAAUAAAAAGAAAAUUAAGGAAUUAGAAAUAUUAAUUGUUAAAAAAGAAUAAGAAAUUAGUUUGUUGUAUUCUAAAAUUGAGGAUUUAAAACAUUAUAUUUAACAAAUAAAAUAUCAAUCUGAAAAAUAUGAAUCAAAUCUUUCACUUUUGUAUAGUGAAUAUUAAUAAAUUGAAAUUGAAAGAAAUAAUUUAGCCUCAAAAAUUGAUUCUAUUUAAAAUUCAAAUGAAAGAUUUUCUAAUUUAUAGUAACAAUAUUCAAACUUGGAAAAAAAUAAAAAUAAAGAGUAUUUAUAGUUAAAGAUUUAAUAUGAUCAAUUACAAUUGCAAAAUUAAUAAUUUCAAUAAUAAAUUUAAACAAUAAAUCAAGACUUUAUUAUUCUUACUAAUAAAUAUUCUGAUUUAUAAGAAUUGAAUAAAUAAUAUGUGUAAGAAUCAGAAACUCUAAAAACUUAAGUACUUGAAAAAGAUUCCAUUAUAGAAAAAACAUAAUUACAUAUAGAAUAGUAAUAAAUUAUAGAUUUCUAAAUUUAAUAAUAAGCAAAAGAAUUUAAUUUAUAAUUGAAAGAAUUAUAAUAGAGUAAGUCUGAUUAAUAAUCUUAAAUUAUUUAAAUAUAGAAAGAAAAUCAAAUGUAUUUGGGCCAAUUAAAUUAAUUAAAAGAUCAAUAAUCUAAAGAUCUCAAAGAGAAAUUAAUUUAAAUUGAAACUUUAAAAAAAGAAAGAUAGAAUCUCAUGGAUCUUAUAAAAGUUAAAGAUGAAAAAUAAGUAGAAUUGGAAGUAAAAUAGAAGAAUUCUGAAAGUUUAAUAAAAAAAAUUUAAUAAGAAAAAACAUUUUUAGAAUAAGCAGAAUAGUAUAACAUAAUAAUAAAUUUAGAUCCUUUGAAGAAGUCUCUUAAUAAUGUAUGCAAUUACAAGAUUAAAAUAGAGAUCUCUUAAGGUAAGUUGCUAAUUUAGAAAAUGAUUUACAAAAAAGUGAAGAAGAAUUGAGAUAAUUGAAAAGAAAUAAUAAAAAGUAUUAAUAUUGAUUUUAAAUAAAGUUCUUAGAAUUUUGAUAAAAAUACAUAGUAAAUGAUUUUGAAAGAUAGAGAAAUAUUGCAUUUGUAAUAAGUAGUAGAAAGAUUGGAAGGAAUGAAUAGAUAACUUUAAUAGGAAUGUGAUAAACUUGCAUCUAAAAUUCAAUUAAGUUCACAUGAGAAUACAUUAUUAAGUAGAACAAAUAGAGAAAUUAGUUAAAUGGGAAAACUAUUGAUAGAAGGAUAAUAAAUAAAAGAGAUGUUAGAAAAGAAAAAACAAGAAAAACCAUUAGGACUUACAACUUAUCAAGCUCCUUAAGUGAUUUAGUAGAUAUAAUAACUUAGUAGAAGACCAUCAGUAAAAAAAUCUUGA